GCAUAAAAUGACAUCUUUUCAAUUUUCGAAGUCGUUGGAGGAGUAGUUCAAAUCGAGCGUUCUCGAUUUCUUCUUUCUGGGUUGAUCCCGCAGCAGGAGCAGAGCAACGAGCGACCAUGGCAAGCCGCCUCCAGCAGCUCCCGGGGAACGACGAGGCCGUGCUCCUCCGCCUCUCCCACUCCAACCUCAAGACCUUCUCUUCCGAAAUCCGCCUCUCGCUCCUGGCGACGGUGGAGUCCGUGAAGGAGAAGCUCUGGAGGAAAUGCGGGACGUCUGUGGAUUCGAUGUGCCUCGAGCUCUACGAUGACGCUGGCUCCAAAGUUUCCAGUUUGGAUGAUGGCUCCAGGCCGCUUGGUUUCUACUCUCCGCUUGAUGGGUAUCGGUUGCAUAUUAUAGAUCUUGAUCCAUCAUCUGUCACCUCUGGUGGCUGGCUAGAAGAUACUUCACUGGUGGAGAAAUAUAAAAUUUCAGACGAAGCUUAUGAUAAACGCGAUGGAACUUUCAAGAAAUUUAAGGAAAAAAUCACAUCCCAAAAUCCAUCAGCUUUUGAACCAAAGAUAACAGACAACUACAUGGAAGAUCUCUGCACCAAUGUGAAGGUGGGAGAUAGAUGUGAAGUUGAGCCAGGGGCUAAAAGAGGAGUAAUAAAAUUCGUUGGUAAAGCAGAAUCUCUUGCACCUGGUUUCUGGAUUGGAGUUCAAUAUGAUGAACCAUUGGGAAAGCAUGACGGCAUGGUAAAAGGGACACGAUACUUCGAGUGUCCUCCACUUCACGGUGCAAUGGUCAGACCAGACAAAGUAAAGGUUGGGGACUACCCUGAACGGGAUAUUUUUGAGGAAGAUGAGAUAUAAGCACCCAAAUGCAGUGGGUUUAUCUGUUUCUACAUGAUUCUUUGCAGUUUGCAUUGUCGAGUGUGGAGUACCUGCAAACAAAGGUUGAACUGUAGAUGUCGACCUGCAUUGUACCCUGGAAAGAAGAGGGAAAGUUGUUCUGUUGAAGGCAGUCAGUUCAAAAAUAGGACCUAUUGGGCAUUUUGAUUUACUUUAUGAAUCACAAGCCUAUUUAUGUAAAACGUCAUUUCUAAUGUGCUGCAAAGAUCCCAGAUUUGCAGCUUGAAAUAGCUUCAAGAUGCUUGUGUACCUCCUCCAUAUGUUUGAAUACCCUUAAUCUCCCCUGUUUGGGGGCCUUAGUUCACAGCGAAAGCUUUACCUAUUCUGGAAUAAAUUUGCUCAAACUAUGAUUCUUUA